AUGGUGGCUAAACGAUCCUUAUGCUUGCUCUUGGUAGCAGCUCUUUCUUCUAAAUGUUCGAGGGCUGAAGAAGAGAAUCAAUGUGGUCUUUAUCUAGCAACAUCAUCGACGUCCACGGCGGCUGAACCCAAGUGGGGCAUUUUUGCUGGGAAAUCCUAUAGCAAACAAAGCCGCAUUGGAUUUGGGGACAUUGCAAUUCACACGCAUCAAAUGGAAGCCAAUGCUUUGAGUGGUGAAGACGAUGAAGACUUGUUGACGAACAUUGUCGAUUUUUUUGAGAACUUUAUUUGGGUUCCGCAUCCAGUUGGUGGUCAGUUUGAAUUGGAUGAAGGCAAGGUGGUGACAGCCAUUCCAGGAGGCGGUACCUUGAGUUGUUUCAACCCAAAAAUGACCAAUGCGGAUUGGAAUCAUUCAUCAGCAUUCUUUCGUGAACCGUGGAACGAAGAAAAGGGAGUAUCUCAUCCAGGACGUGGGUCCUAUAGUACCUUUUAUGAGGCAUCAAUUCAUGCGACGGAUGAUAUUGAAGAGGGAAUGGAAAUCUUUAUCAGUUAUGGCGAAAACUACGUCAAUGAAAAUUCAGAUGAUAACGAAGAAUUGUCAAAGGAAGAUAUGAAAAAGGUCGACAUGACAGUCAAUAAGAUUGUCGAAUUCUUUGAAAAGCAUCAAGAUGAACUCGAUGAGGAAUCCAAGAAUGAGAUUUAUCAAUUCCUCAUUCGCGAUGUUAUGCAAGCAGCUGCUGGAGAAGGAAAGGGAAAGAUCAUUUCAGAAGUUCUUCCUGAUACUCCUGAUGAACUCAGAGCAGUGAUUGCAUCCGGCGGAGUCUUGGAUUAUUCUCAGCCAAGCUUAGUACGAUCUACGGAAUGGCUCGAACAGCAUGGACGGUGCAUGGACAACAUUCGUCCUGGUCCUUCUACCAUUCCUCAUGCUGGCCGUGGUGCGUUUGCUUCUCGUAAGAUUGCCGCUGGCGCAGUGGUCGCCCCAACUCCCCUCAUCCAAAUUCCGGACGAGGAAGUCCUGAAUAUGUAUGACGUCAAGGUCGAGUAUGAUGAAAAUGAUGGAACUGAAUUCCAUGUCCGAAAUGGAAAUGAAGUAUUCGGAUCUCAACUUUUGCUAAACUAUUGCUACGGACAUCCCGAAUCGCACAUGCUAUUCUACCCUGCUGGCGCUGGCGUUUCCUUUAUCAACCACUCUAAGAAGCCUAAUGCACAGUUGGUAUGGUCGAAGCACCCGAACCAUCACAGUCAUUGGUUCCAACUCGAACCAGAGGAGCUCCUGGAGGAGGGAAACCGUUAUUUGGGACUCCUGAUGGAAGUUGUAGCCACUAAGGAUAUCGCUGAAGGUGACGAAAUCUUUAUUGACUACGGCGAUCUAUGGCAAGAGGCAUGGGAUGAGCACGUCAAGGAGUGGGAAACCCUAAAGAAGAGAGGCGUUGUUCCAAAGAGAUGGCCAACUCGUGCUGCUGAUUUGAACGCCGAGUUCGCGACCAAACCAUACAAAGUUGGGGCAAACUACCCUGAAAAUGUGCAAAUGAAGUGCUUCCUAGUCAUUUCCAAGCCUGUGGAUGAAGAGCCAAUGAAUGCUAAUGGCGACAAGGUCCGCAUAUGGACAAAGCACAAGACAAAGGAGACAUUCGAUAGCUCCAACCUCUUUGACUGCACACUCAUUGACAGACAGGAUGUAGAUGACACUUAUGAAUAUUCUGUUUCUUGGCGAUCGGUCGCCGACCCAAGCAAGCAAACCAUUGUCAAGCAUGUGCCCCAAAAGGCUAUUAUCUUUGUUGACAAACCGCAUACAUCAGACCAAUUCACCCCCGAAGGCUUCCGUCACUACAUUCAGAUUCCAGACGAUGUCUUUCCUGAGGGGCCCUGGCGCGAUGCUGCCGUUGCAGAAGACGAAGAGUAG